CCCCCCCCCCCCCCUCCCCGAUAUCCGACACGCGAAAUGAAACUGACGCAACGAUGCACCCCGAGGCGAAACUUGCGGAUGGUCUCCCGCUGACCCGCGGUCCCCCGGUGGAACGGUGGAAGCAGUGUGUGAUGAUGCUGCGCGAGCGGCGAGAUUAAACACCGCGUCACGUUUGGUGAUUGAACGAUCGGGCGCGGAAUUGAGAGAUGCGCGGAGUGGCGUGCGAGUGGAAAUAGAGAGGAUUGUUUGAUUACGAGACGCGCGAUCGCGCGUAACAUGACAGCGGCACGUUGAGAGAAGCUGCAACCUCGAUGCGGGCACGUGUGUGUGGAACGUUACAGGAAAAUAAUUUCAUAACGCACGUUUAUAUACUUGACACAUUACUGGCCGGCGACGUAUCAGCUCGUCUUUCGUUGCCCGAAUAUUAUUGACCGGUGACUAGUUCGCUCGUGUUUAGAGAGGCAUCCGGUUUAAGUCAUCGUGCGAGGUUGAUCGAGAAGUUGUUAGAGCUUAAAAUUGAAUUUAUAGUUUUCAUUAUAGGAUAAUUAUAGGAUAGGAUUGUGAUUGUGUUUAUCCCUCACUUUUUGCCCCGUGGUUUAUUUCUCUUCUGACCUUUUGUACAUCAUAAACGAAAUUCUGUUCCCAUUGAAUGACUUAUGUGAAAAGUAGCAGGCUAUUAGUUUCUGCAUAAAACGCCCGGUCAAUAUAAUGUGCUAGCAUUCUCGUAAUGAAUCUCUCAGUUCGUAUAUCAUAUAUCACUGGUCCGCUUAUUCCGUGAUUUUCUGCGGCGUCGUUUACAGAAUGAUAAAAAGAAUCGAGGGUGAAAUGUGUAUACAGAGUUUACAUUUGGGAACUACAUCAUUUUUAAAUCUUCAACAUUAUUCUUUUUUAUCUUUAUAUGGUGGAUAAUAUGUAAUUUAAAUAUCUAGAUAAACAAAAAAUGCGGUGGUGAGCCGCACCGAACUUCGCUUUUCGCUUACAAAUUUUCUCUUUUUUUUUUUUGUCUCAAUUUGAAAAUUUGAGUGGAAUCUUUUAUGCUGAAGUCGAGAGAAUGCGCGACAAUACGCGACUCUUCGCGGGGAGUGGCGACGUGAGUCCGCGACAGUUUCCAAAUUACGCACAAUUUAGCGGGGAAUUUGCCAGAUUGAAUUCUACGGCUAUUUAUAAUUGAGAACUAUCCGGCGCGGACAGUUAUUAUGCAGGCUAACGGCGGAUUCUUUGAACGCCGCGGAUUUGCAUCCGCGGAUGUAAAAUAAAUAUAAUAGAUACGUGGAAAGAGAGAGAAAAAGACACGUGGAUGAGGCGCGGGUUUUUUGCCCGCGAGAUUUUGCGAGAGCAGACACGCGGAAAUCUCGAGAGCGAUCAAGUUCCGCGAUUUUUGCGUCAGCGGUUACGAUUGUCUACCGGGAAUUGUCAAUGUCGGGGUGCAACGCUAUUUACUACUGCAGCGGUCGGUGCCAGGGAUAAUGCACUUUAGACAUCCGCAAAUGUUUACUUAAUAUAAUUCGCGUCGAAUAUUCGCGCGGUUUCGCAUACAUUGACGUUCUCGCGCGCCUAAUGGACCCGCCGUGUUAUUUUAUACGAAAAGAUUAUAUUUUCACAAUUAUAUCCACGUAGAACGCCCCGGUAAGAAAACAUGUGAAAGAAUGCAAUAUCCCGGACGCACAGAUCGUUCUCCGAGUCGCGAAAGUUCUCUGAAAAAUCAUUAGUUUAUGUGGAGCGUGACCUGCUAGUGUAAUGAAACGUUAAGAAUAAAUAUCCGAUUUGUACAGAUGAGUAGUCUCGUGGAAAAGUCUGAAGACAUAAAUAAUCUCGGAGUAAUAAUCUAAGAGAAUUAAUUUCUUUCACGAGAGCGGACGAUAAAGCUUUAUUCUUCAUUUAAUUUCGAACAAACUUUAGAUAAUAGAAUGUUAAUUACAGGCUACGUGAAUUGGAGUAUUAAAAUGUCACGAUAAAGAAUGGGGUAUCUCUAGAUUUCUAUAUCAGACUUGAAAACAAAGAAGACAAAGCAGAUCCUUGACGUUUAAUUGCUCGUACGCAUUAGCUCGCUUGGAUCACCUGGUAUAUAAAGUUUUAUAUACAUGUUUACGUUCUUUAUGGCCUCGACAGGCUGAAAUAAGUUCAAAGGAACUCUCAGAGUAAACGAUUCGCCUUUGUGCCGCGAGAUGACGAAUUAUCUAAAUAAAAAGAAAAGAAAAAUGUAGCUCGCGAGAGAUAUCACGCGGAUGACAGCAUCCGCGGCUGGAAACGCGUAGAAAUUCGAAGAGGACGCGAAAGACGAUAAGCCAUGCUCAGGAAUUCCUUGAGAAGCACGGCGACGGCUUCGUCCGAGCCGUCAACGCCAACAAAUCCUGGCCCCAGCAGCCCUCUGGGCUUCGAAACACCUAGGCCACGCAAGAAGCUCUCCUUCAAGGAACCGGAGACCUUCAACGGCUUGAAAACCCGCAAGCCGUCGACGCGGCCGAGAAUGAUACACGCGCAGAAUAGCGUCGACCUCAGCUUCGACGAAAAUCCUUUCGAGGAGGAAAACGAGGAUCUCGAUGAGCUCGAGAGUCAAGCGAUGAGGGUAGUCCGAACUGUGGGGCAAGCUUUCGAGGUGUGCCAUAAGUUAAGCAUAAACAACACUACGGAGGAUCGAGGGGAGAAAGACGCGGAGAAUCAUGGUGAAAAUUACGGCGAUGUUUACGAGGACCAAGACGAAAUUCCUAACGAGCAAUCUCAGCCUUCUCCGCCGCCGGUACAUAAAGACAUAUCAUUGUUGGGGGAUACUGAAGAUUCUGUUCCCGAGCAAACGUCCGUUACCUGUCUGCUUCGAUCGCACGAUGGACCGGCGACGACAACCUCUACCUCACCAAUCAGACAGUCGCCGUCGGGCACGGUAACCUCCGAAUGCGGAGGUUUAUUGGUGGGAGGCGAAUUAACAGCCCUGAAGCACGAAAUACAGCUCCUGCGAGAACGUUUGGAGCAACAGAGUCAACAAACCAGAGCUGCCGUUGCCCAUGCGCGACUUCUUCAAGAUCAGCUGGCGGCGGAAACGGCAGCGCGCGUCGAAGCUCAGGCGAGGACGCACCAACUUCUAGUGCAGAAUAAGGAAUUGCUAGAACAUAUAAGUGCGCUGGUGGGCCACCUGAGGGAACAGGAGCGUGUUUCCGGUGGUCACGUCACCUCGCAAUCGCAAAUCCCGACGCCCGCGUCCAUGCAACAGAACGCGGCGGUUUCCGACCUGUCGGGCCUCGGCCAGUGCCAACGGACCGGGGGCCAGAGUUCGCCAUGGGAACUGGAUCCACCGUCCUUUCCGUACUGCACGUAUCCACCGGAAUCGCUGUAUUCCGGUGGUCUCGGCGCCAUGGGAAUUCAGAGUAAUAACACCGCCGAUCAGUUGCAGUUCCAAACGCAGCUGUUGGAAAGGCUGCACAACCUAAGCCCGUUCCAGCCCCAGAGAUCGCCCUAUAACACACCGUCGCCCUAUGCGAUGGGCCCAAGUCUACUUCUACCUCCGUGCAGCGGGCCGACAAAUUCAGCCCAGCUGUCCCCAAAUUCCGCGUCCCUGCGUGUCUCUCAACCGAACAGUUUCUCCUCGUCGCCGGUCAUGGCUCACAAGCUCGAGAACUACGGGACAGAUAAUUCGGACCACGCUUUCAUAAAGCCCUUGCCGUGCACCAACGAUAGAAACGUGGCUCAUCCGUCGACCGACGUUAAGGCCAAGCAAGAACGGCCGCAGGACCUUUCCGAGAUACCACCGAUAAUUCUGGACCCUCCACCGCAAGGCAGACGCGCGGACAAUACGGUCAAGAAAGUGAACACGAAGCAAAGUUCGCUGGCUCACGGGGCGCAGGACAACAAGAGUAAUUUGCUGAGUACGAAAGGUCUGGCGACCAUCCUGCGAUCCUCAGGUCCGCCGCCCUCCCGCACGACGAGCGCUCGACUACCCUCGCGCAACGAUCUGAUGAGCGAGAUGCAGCGAACGACCUGGGCCCGCCACACGACCAAAUGACAGAACACUGUCGAGUACAAUAAUGCGAAUCUGCGUAACCUUCUAAACGAAGCCGACAAUUUUGUUAGAAUUCGAAGAGAACACAUGUCCAACUAUAUAUACUAUUAGUCAUCAUGAGGGAAGUUACGCGUGACUUGAGAAUCUUUGAUUUAAACGGAUGACAGGGUUUGCAUUUUCUCCUCGACCGCUCAAACUCGAAUCCCAAACGUUAUAUUUAGAAAUUUUUAAGGCGUAUAACAUAUGAUUUUUCGAUACGUAAAACUGUAUUGUAGGAAAAACCGAACGAAUUGUCAAGUGAAAAUUUGUUGCCAAUAAGAAAUAAGAAUUUUGAGAAUAUCUUUUACAAAGAUUUACUAGAGCUCUAGUAUCGGAGUCUCUCAGUGCAGAGUCAAUAAAUCAUCGUAGUAUAGUGAUGUUCCUAUGACGAACGUGAGAAUCGCGAUUACGACAGAUCGUACAAUUCGUUUGCAUCUUACGAGUAACGUCCGUGGAGUGUUUAUAAAGAUUGGAACGGUAGUCGCGUUCGAGCGAAUUAGCGGAUGUAUACCUCACGCACGUCUCGCGUGUCCGAAGAGAUGGAUUGUAAUACGUAAUUCAUAUACAUUUAUUCGUAUCGCGACAUUUACAGUGUACUCCCAUGUGUAAGAAAGUCGCCAUUUAGCGGACGAACUUGUGCCAAAAGUACCAAUCGUCUUAAGAGAGUUUAUUUUCAGUAUAUUUUUAAGUAAUGUAAAAAUAAAGAUAAGCGUGAUCACAGAA